UAAAUAACUUAGGUGACGGAGACAGAGAGAGAUGGAGAAUGGAGAGAGAGCUCAGGGAUCUUUUGCCAGGAAAAAGGCCGGUCCUGGGAAAGCCACCAUCUUGGCCCUGGGCAAGGCUUUUCCUAACCAGCUUGUCAUGCAGGAGUUUCUGGUUGAUGGGUAUUUCAGGAACACCAACUGUGAUGAUCCUGAUCUCAAACAGAAGCUGACUCGUCUAUGCAAAACAACAACAGUCAAAACGAGGUAUGUGGUCAUGUCCGAAGAGAUUCUCGAGAAGUAUCCAGAGCUUGCCAUGGAAGGCCUCCCCACGGUAAAGCAAAGACUAGAUAUCUGCAAUGAGGCAGUGACGGAGAUGGCCAUCGUGGCUUCGCAAGCUUGCAUCAAGAGGUGGGGUAGACCCGUGUCUGACAUUACCCACUUGGUCUAUGUCUCGUCUAGCGAAGCACGUUUACCAGGUGGAGACCUUUAUCUCGCGAAGGGGCUCGGGCUCAGCCCAGAAACCCGCCGGGUCAUGCUCUACUUCGUUGGCUGCUCUGGAGGUGUCGCCGGACUUCGGGUAGCAAAGGAUAUAGCAGAAAACAAUCCCGGUAGCCGGGUUUUGCUCGCUACGUCAGAAACUACCAUUAUUGGGUACAAGCCACCGAGCGCUGAGAGGCCAUAUGAUCUCGUUGGGGUUGCGUUAUUUGGCGAUGGUGCCGGGGCAAUGAUAAUUGGGGCUGACCCGGAUUUAAGCAUUGAGAAGCCUCUCUUCGAACUUAAUACGGCCAUUCAGCAUUUCUUACCAGAUACCGAAAAAAUUAUAGACGGGAGGUUGACGGAAGAGGGAAUAAGCUUUAAACUGGCGAGAGAGCUUCCUCAGAUCAUCGAAGAUAACAUCCAAGGGUUCUGCUCGAAGUUGAUGGAACCUAUUGGUUUAUCCGACAAAGACUAUAACAAAAUCUUCUGGGCAGUCCACCCAGGUGGACCAGCAAUCUUGAAUCGACUCGAGAAGAGACUCGACUUGUUGCCAGAGAAAUUAAGUGCGAGUAGGCAAGCUUUAAAGGACUAUGGGAAUGCCAGUAGCAAUACCAUUGUAUAUGUUCUUGAUUAUAUGCUGGAAGAGAGCAUGAAGAUGAAAAAGGAAGACCAAAGUCGUAACAAGUUCGGCUUGAUUCUGGCGUUUGGACCUGGAAUUACAUUUGAAGGUAUUCUUGCGAGGAACCUCACUGUUUGAGUAAAACCC